AUGGUGGGAAUCCCGGGGAAGUCAAAAGCUUGUAAUACUUGCAGGAAACGCAAAAUCGGCUGCGACUUGGCUCGACCAGAAUGUGGACAGUACAUCAAGGCAAAGAGACAUUGCGAAGGAUACGAGCGUGAGACCACGUUUCUAAACCGGACCAUUUAUGGGUGGGAAUCGAGAGCUGCUCCAAAGCGAGCUGCGUCCUCAAAGCCCUUGAUCGUUGACUCUUGUUGGACGGAAGCAGCGGCUGAUCAGAAAUCGUUCAAGUCAUACAGUCCUGUGCCGCAGUCCGAGGUCUCUGACGAAACACACACCCGGAGACUGAUAUCCGCCAUCGAUCCCAGCCGUUUGUAUCGAGAAAAGUUGCUGGGCUCGUUUCUGCAAGAUUAUCUUCCCUUGACAGAGCAAUCAGUCCCCUUGGAUCCAGCCUCAUCUUUUUCGUGGCUGCAGGCUGCCACGUCUCUGGCAGAACCGGGGAAAGUUUUAGCAAACUCGCUAUCUGGGCUGGCGUUGACCAGGAUAGGCCGCAAAUCGGGCGAUCAGCACUUACUCUCUCAAGGACUGGCCUUUCAUGGCCAGGCACUUCGGGAGCUUCAGAAAGCGCUCUGUGAUGCUGAGUUGGCGCGGCGAGAUGAGACCUUAGCUGCCGUCAAGACACUUGCUCUACAGGAGACUUAUGAGAACACUAUCAACAUGCACAGCUGGACGGCGCAUGAACGGGGCGUUCGGCAACUGUACCGCCUACGUGGUCCAGAGCAAAAUCCUAGUCCCCUCGCACGGCUUUUACACGAGGAUUUCCGAUACACUACUGUAAGGUGGUUCAGGGCAUUCAACAUCGGAAGUCUUUGUAUCCACAGAAAUCGCAGUGGUCGACCGGAUCUCGGCAAGACAGAGGGUAUAAGCCCGAGCUGCGGCUAUAUGCCUUUUGUAUUCGCUGUGGUGGCCAUGCUCGAAUGCGCCGACAAGAUCAGCGACGUUGAAGACGCCGAAGAGAAAUUUGCAAGUCGUCGGCAACUACUUCGCCUUUGCCAAGCUAUUCACGAAAGGAUGGAACAUUGGCGGGAACGAUUCUUGCCUUCCCGUGUUGGGACAAUCUCCUCCUCUCCACACAGUCCCAUCCAUUACCUCAGCCUCGACUUCCGUUUUGUUAGUAUAAAGGUUCUUUUGCCGAUCUGA